UUAAUACCGCCUUAGUUUCGGUAGGAGGUAGUUAAGUAUUAAGGAAACAGCCUUAUUAUUACGCCCGGGCCAUUCCAUAGAAAAAAAACACACUUACCUCCAUUAAGCUGCCAAGACGCAUCUCUCUCACGAUGCCGCAUAUAGUGGUACUGGGCGCCGGUGUCAUCGGCUUAAGCUCCGCUCUACGAAUCCAGGCCGAAGGACAUGCCGUGACCAUCGUGGCGCGGGACUUUCCCUCCGGAUCCGAGACUAUUGACGCACAAAGCCAGAUUAACUACACUUCGCCAUGGGGAGGGGCGCACAACAGACUUGUACCCCCCACCAACCCCGCCGAGGAGCGGGAGCAUGCCAUGAGCCUCCAGACUUUCGACCACAUGCGUGCCGUACAAGCACGCCACCCUGAGGCCGGCAUCACUUUCAUGAAAGGGAUUGAGUAUCUCGAAGCACCUAAUGAGGCAUACCGUGCGCUUACUGAAGAGAGAGCGCGCACGCAGUUAGGUAUGGAGGGAUUUAGGCAGCUAAAGAAAGGGGAGCUGCCAGAAGGUGUCGAAUGGGGAUGUGAGUACGACACGUGGUGCGUUAAUCCUAUGGUCUACUGUAGCUUCUUGCUGCGUAGGUUCGCGAUUCUUGGAGGUAAGGUCCUACGUAGAGAAGUAAGAGACCCGAGGGAGAUAUUCUCCUGGAAUCUUGAGGCGGGGCCGCUUGAUGUGCUAGUAAACGCUUCUGGGAUCGGGUUUGGCGACGAGAACCUGUUUAUUACGAGAGGCCAGACAUGUCUCGUCGCUAAUCCGUGCCCCGUGACCGUCACGCGGCAGAAUGCAGACGGCUCGUGGACAUUCUGCGUCCCGCGGAACUUUGACGGCGGCACCAUCAUCGGCGGCACGAAAGAGCCCAACAACUGGGAUCCCAAUCCGUCACUAGAGGUCCGCGAGGCCCUGCUGCAGAAAUUUGCCGCUACUUACCCGCAGAUCCUGGGCGGUGAAGGCAAGUUUACGGUUAUGAAGGAUAUUGUAGGUCGACGGCCGACUCGCAGGGGCGGUAUACGACUAGAGAAGGAGGAGGUAGGUGACGCACAGACCAUCAUUCAUGCAUAUGGUUUGGGCGGGCGAGGCUAUGAGCUGAGUUGGGGUGUUGCUGAUGGGGUAGCCCGGCUUCUGGCAGAACACUCGGGCUCUAGCACGCCAGGCAAAGGGGAAGCUAAACUUUGAUAUCUUCGUGGGACAAUUUGAAUAGUUAGUAUGAAAGUAAUGAAAUAGGAGAAGGAAGCCGUGGUAGAUUCUAGAAUCCAUUAGAAAUACAUAGUAUCGGAUGUUUGUUUGUGUAGCGGUGAGAGAGCGCAUAACUACCUAGAACAUAAUGAAGAGUAAAUUUGGCUCAU